AUGAAUAAACAUUCUUCUUCAAACGAUAUCCUAACUAAAUUAGCUCAACAGAAUGAAGAUAUUGUUUUAGCACCUCUGCUCUCAUCGAAUCAAGAAUCAAAUGACAAUUUAUUGGUGAGUGAGCACCAUACGCAAGAUUCACGAACAUUUUAUUCUAUGUUCAUUUCGAGAAUGAUAAGGUUCCGUUAUCCAAUGAGUCUACGACAAUCUCGUGUGUGUUGUUUUGAAGCAUUAAAAAGUAUUCCAGUAGUUUUUAUUCUUGCUAUUGUCGCAUGGUCCUAUUAUGCAUAUGUUGUACAAAUGUGUAUUUUAACGAUUGAUAAUGUUCCAAAAAAAGUUAUAUAUUUAUUUAUUUAUCAUCCAUUAUUAUUUAUCUUUCUAUGGUCUUAUUAUCAAACAAUGUUUAAACCUUUAAUGGGACCACCUAGUGAAUUUUAUGUUGGUGAAGCAGAAGGUGAACGUAUAGCAACAGCACAAACAUUAGAUGAACGACGUACAUCUCUUCUUCGUUUUUGUCAUCGAGGCGAUUUACCCGUAUUAACUCGACAUUUUGAUGGAAGUAUUCGUUACUGUUUUUUAUGUCGAUGUAUAAAACCCGAUCGAGCUCAUCAUUGUUCCAUAUGUGGAAAAUGCAUUCUUCGAUAUGAUCAUCAUUGUCCAUGGACAAAUAGUUGUGUUUCCUAUGCAAAUUAUAAAUUUUUUAUUUUAUUUCUUGGUUGGGCUUUAGUAUUUUGUACUUAUGUUGCAGCAACAUCAUUAGAAUAUUUUAUUCUUUUUUGGCAGGGAAUUACUAAUGCUCACAAGGAUGUGAAUAGUUCAAUAUCACCAGGUGGAAAAUUUCAUUUACUUUUUCUCUUUUUCGCGGCAAUUAUGUUUGCUAUUAGUGUAUCAUCAUUAUUUUUUUAUCAUUUAUAUCUCACUGGAAAAAAUCGAACUACACUUGAAUCAUUCCGAGCACCGAUAUUUUCUAAUGGACCACAAAAAAAUGGAUUUAAUAUAGGAUGUAAACAAAAUUUUCAAGAAAUAUUUGGAAAAAAAUUUCUAAUGGCAAUUAUACCCAUAUGGACAACUCGAGGUGAUGGAGUUCAUUAUCAAGUGAAUAGUCUAUUACUUGGUGGUUUGCAAGAACAACAACAACAACAACAACAACAAUCUGGUAAUAUAAGUGCUUAUGACAGUGGAAAAAAAAUGAAAAUAAAUCUUAUUGAAUUAUUUCGACUUCCACUGUAA